AUAUUAUUAUUGAUUAUACUGUUACCAUUCUCAUCUGGCACUGUCAGAAAACUCCUAUUCAUCGAAGAAAUCGGACCCAUUUCGAAACCCUAACCCGAACCCGAUUCAACAUUCACCACCACACUCACUUCACGAUUCUCUCUUCCUCCCAUUUUUGCAGUGUUCCAAGCUUAAUUUUACUUCAGCUUCUUCAAGUACACGUGACGAUCUGAAUCUUCUUCAAUUUCCAUUUCAGCUCCAAAAACCUAGCGAUGAAAUGAGGUUUGAAGGGUUAUGCAGGGUUUAGCUUUUGUCUGAAGGGUUUUGUGAAGUUGUUUGGAUGGAAGCAAAGAAAGAGGAAGCCCUUAAAGCAAUAGAGAAUGCUGAGAAAAGAUUUUCUCAUCGAGACUUUGUUGGAGCAAAAAGUUAUGCUUUAAAAGCGAAAACAUUGUGUCCUGGAUUGGAGGGUAUAUCUCAAUUGGUGACCACUUUCGAAGUUUACAUUGCCUCUCAAGUUACGUGUAAUGGCGAACUAGAUUGGUAUUCUAUUAUGGGUUUAAAUCCUUCGACAAAUAUAGAAGCUGUGAAGAAACAGUACAAGAAGAUGGCUGGGUUGCUCCACCCUGAUAAUAACAAGUGUGUCGGAGCUGAUGGGGCGUUUCAUCUUGUUUCUGAGGCAUGGGCUAGGCUGUCUGGUAGUUAUGACAUGAAGAGAAAUGCACAAUUGGGUGCUGGGAAUGGAGUUAAUCACAAGGGUUUGUCUUCGGUUCAUGCCUCUGGUGGUAAUCAGGACACUUUCUGGACGAUCUGCACUUCUUGCAAAGUUCAGUAUGAGUAUCUGCGCAAGUAUGUAAACAAGAAACUCUCUUGUAAGAAUUGCCGUGGGAUAUUCAUUGCCCUUGAAACAGCCCCGGCAAAUGGUUCAUUCCCGUAUAGUCCUUGGUCAUAUGGGUCUAGCAGUGGUUAUGGAAGCCAUUCAUAUGAUGGAGUUACAUAUGUUCCCACUAAUGGUGCCUAUUUCAAUGGUAAUGGGGUCCCUGGAUACCAUUCGAAGCACGGGUAUGAGUAUGUUUCAAAUGUUCCAUAUCAAUUAGGCUCUGCCGGAUACGUCAAUCAAAAUGGAUCAACUACCUUAUCUGCUUGUCAAACCAACGGGAAAGCAAAGAGGGGAAGACCAAAAGUUAAAUCAGGAGCUGAUAGGAAGCAUUGCUUGACAGAGACAGUGGUCAAUAUAAGUUCAGAUGUAUCAUUCUCCCGGAAUGAACCACAGGAGGUUAAGCCGAGUAGACCUGAGAAGAAAAGGAAAGUUCUGGGAGCUAGUUUAAGAAAUGUUCAUGAAGGAAAGGGUUCAAAGUGUGCUUCAGAGUUGGCUUUGGCUAAUGGUAAUGGAAGCGUUGGGCAUGGCCAGAGGAUUUCCAGUACUAGUGAAAUUCCAACAAAACAGUAUUCCAUGGCACCAGCUUUUGAUGCAAGAAAAUUAUUGAUUGAGAAGGCCAGGACAGAAAUAAGGAAGAAACUGGAAGAGAUGAAGUUGGCAUCUGAAACUGCAGCCGCUGUUAUUGAGGGAAAAAAAUCUCAAGCCGAUGUUGGUCAGGUCAAAGGAGACAUAUGCACUAAAACAGCUCUGAAUGUUUCUGAUAAUCAGUUAGAACAUAGGAAAACGGUUCCAGUGACAAUUACUGUCCCAGAUCCUGACUUUCACGAUUUCGAUAAAGAUAGGUCAGAGCCGUGCUUCAAACCAAAACAAAUAUGGGCCUUGUAUGAUGAGGAGGAUGGGAUGCCCCGUUUGUAUUGUCUGAUCCGCGAAGUUGUCUCUGUCAAUCCAUUCAAGAUUAACAUUAGUUACUUGAGUUCGAAAACUGAUAGUGAGUUUGGCCCAGUAAACUGGCUUGUUUCAGGUUUCACCAAAUCUUGUGGAAAUUUCAGGGCCAUGACCUCUGAUGUUGUUGACCAAGUUAACAUUUUUUCUCAUGUUCUAAGCAGGGUGAAGGCCGGUCGAGGUGGCUGUGUUCGCAUAUAUCCCAAAUGUGGGGAUGUUUGGGCUGUUUACAGAAACUGGUCAACAGAUUGGAACAGAUCUACACCUGAUGAAGUAAGGCAUCAAUAUGAUAUGGUGGAGGUGCUAGAUGAUUAUUCUGAGGAGCUUGGUCUUUGCGUUAGCCCCCUUAUUAAGUUGGAUGGGUUCAAAACUGUGUACAAGAGAAAUGCAGACAAAAGUGCCAUUAGAUAUAUACCAAGAAGGGAAAUGUUACGCUUUUCGCACCAAGUGCCUUCGUGGUUGUUGAAGGGGGAGGAAGCAAGCAAUUUGCCUGACAAAUGUUGGGACCUUGAUCCAGCUGCAACUCCUGAUGAGCUCCUUCAUGCUGCCAUAGAAGCAAAUGCUUCGUAGGGAGGCAUGGUUGAAACACAUACUAUUUGGAGAACAUGUCGGCAUUCUUCCAAAAAUGUUUUAGAUUUAACUGUACACUGUCACACAUAGUUAGAAUCCAAUGUGAUUUUAACCAUACUGACAUUUUUAGAGAUUGAGAUCUUAUUUUGCAACAUUUCAAGUAACUAUUGUUAGAGGUCGAAACAGAUUGGCAUUGUAUUUGCUACUUGUAAUUGUAUUUCUGGUCAGGAUUUACAGGCAAAGAAUUAAAAUCUGAAAGAAAUGUUAAAGUUGUAACGUGACAAAAGUGAAGAAACAGUGAUUAGAGUUACUGCCAUGAAUGUGAAAAUACGCUUUUUGUAUUAUCAA